AACGUCCAAUCUUUACCACAGACCCUGAAUGCAGCAUUUCUAGAGGGCGUGACCAACCUGCCACAACCUGGACGGGGAUACCUGCGUCAGGUUGAGACCCGCGCCCACACCCAGCAGGAUACGCUCAGAGUUUUAGCAGCAGACGGUCGUAAUUUGACUCACCCGAACAGAUCCAACCAUGAGGUGGCGCUCUUCUGGUCUUUCCCUCUUCCUUUUGCUCUCCAUCUUUGUCUUGAAGUCAGCAACUGAACUCAGGAUCUGUGCCUACAACGUGCAGAAAUUUGACUCUGCAAAAGCAUCAAACGAGAGACUGAUGCACUAUCUCAAACUGAUCCUGACUCGUUGUGAUAUCAGCCUCUUGCAGCACGUGGUGGAUCCAGACGGUCAAGCCAUUGAAAAGUUGCUGUCUAUGCUCAACAGGGGAUCUGACAGGUAUGAAGAGUACGACUACAAGGCAGUGGCCAGUGAGAGUUUGGGAAACUCUCCUGACGACAUGCAGAAGUAUGUUUUCAUCUACAGGAUGCAGACGGUGAACGUGACGGGUCAAUACCAGUACAGGAGCAAGCAGUCGUUUGUCAGAGAGCCUUUUGUGGUUGGCUUCCAAAGCAAGAAUGCAUCAAUCGACAAGUUUAUCUUGGUCCCUCUCCACAGUGAGCCCAGCAAGGCCGUCCAGGAGAUCAACAAGCUUUACGACGUCUUUGUGGAAGUCAGCAAGAAAUGGAACAACACGAAUGUGAUGUUCCUGGGAGAUUUCCAUGCCAGCUGUGCGUACGUGAAACGAAGUGACAGGAAAAACAUAAGGCUGUUCAUGAAGUCCGAGUUCUCCUGGCUGAUCAGAAACCGAGAGGACACCACUGUUACCGACGCGACCAGCUGUGCAUACGACAGGAUUGUUGUGCAUGGAGAACCCUUCCUGAGGGCAAUCAAGCCAUUCUCUGCAAAAGUCUUUGAUCUCGGUGCGGAGUUCAAAAUGUCCAGGAGCCAGGUGGUGCAGCUGAGCGACCAUUACCCAGUGGAAGUGGUAUUAAAGAGCUCCGCCCUCUUCCUUCAGGCCACGCCCCUGAGCCUAACAAUUGCCUCUGUGAUCGUCCGGUCCUUCCUCUCUGCCCUGUGAUCGUCCUGGGCUCUGAAUGCUUUAUAUACUCAUUUGUCUUUUUAUUCCAAAGCCAGUUCACCUUCUAGCUGUGCCAGGAUCACUCAGGGCGGUCCGUCCUUUUAAUACGGAUUUAUUUUAUAGUCCGAGCUUUACUGCUCUUAGACCAAAGUGAAGUGACUGAGCAGUGAGGCAGCUCCAGGAACAGAAAAAUGUGCAAAAUUCAAAUAUGAGACUGUCACGGUUUUUGGUGCUGAUUUUAAAAUAUUUUAAAUUAAGGUUUUUGCAUCAAGACAAAAGUGCAUCCAACAGUCUUGUUUGUCAUCAGGUGAAAAUGUAAUCUGAUUUUAUUUUUUAGGAGUUCUUCAUUUGUUUUCUUCUUCCUUCCAUCUUUUUCUUGAUAUGUCCCCCUCGGGUCUGUACAGAAACUGAUUUAAAUAUUUAGAAUUUCUCUGAAAAUGUUAAGAUUUUCAUUGUUUGAGAGUUUUAUAAAAUUCAGUAAAGUUUUUUUAAUAGUAAAAUAAAAAAAACAUUCUUAAGAUGUUGUUAUUUUGGACGAGCUGCCUGCAUUGAUACAGGUUCACCUGAAAACACCACAGGGAUGGAUCGAUUACUACAUGAGUUAAAGGGUUUCAAAAAAAACACACACACCUACUAAGAAACACACAAGGGUCAUCAGAUAAUCAGAAAUACAUGCAGCACA